AUGCCGAACACCGUCCUCUCUAGCAUGGCUCCGGCUGGCUAUAGUAGCGACAAGUUGUCCCUGAACCGAUCGAUGCUGGCCCCCUCGCCCACGCUGACGAACCCGGACAUGAUACUCCCUUACGGCGAAGGCCGCGAGUCCUCGACUCCUUCGCCGGCCCUCGAGGACCUGCAGCGGGCGGCGGAGCAGUCCAGGUUGCUCGCCAGCAGCUAUUCGCUCAUGCACCAGCGCAGCACCUCCAUCUCGACCACCACCUCCUACGACCGCAACUCCCCCGGGCCCGACGAGCCUAUACAAUCCUACGCAGCAUACGGCACGGCAGAAGGGUCGCCGCAAGCAAUGGCCGGCCCCGGUGCGAGCGCGGGUGCGAGCGCGGGUGCGAGUGCGAAUGCUGGUACGAAUGCGGGUGUUGGUGCUGUGAACGGGCCUAUGCGAUCAUCCCAGAUGUCGGAUAUAGAUCACACGAUACGGACCCAUUCCAGGCGGCAGAGCAGAGCCAGCAGCACCAACAGCCUCGACAGUCUUGUAGAUCCCGCUGGUUCUGCUGCGCUCGGUGCGGGCAACGGCCUGUCCAAGCGGCAUUCGAAACUCAGGGAGCUGCAGGACCUGCCGUCCGGGCUCUUUGAGCAGGAUAAAGCGCAUCCAGACGACGAAGGGGCGGGCGUGCUUGGAGGAGGCGCAGACGACCUGAGUGCUGUUGUCUUUGAGCCGGAGCACCGCAUUCUCCCCAUGGGCGCAAUCGCGGAGGAAGAUGAAGAUGGCGAGGAGAAGACCGAGAGCUCAGACAGGAGUGACAGAGUCUACGAUGAGCUCGACGAGCUGACCACUAUGCUGGAGAAUGCAAAGCUGAAGCUGACGCAUAUGGAAGGCAACCUGAACCGCGCGAGGAGCUCGUUUCGCAUGACGCCGUCGCCUUCGCCGUCUCUAAAUCGGGCCUUUGGCAGCGCCGGAAGCUCAUACCAUAAGCAUCUCCAAAAGGGGGAGAGGCGCUCUCAGACAUCUCUUGCAGGCGCAUUGCUACGCCAAAGGGCCCAUCAGGGGUAUACCGGCAAUGCAUCUCAUCUUCGUGGACAGAGUGAUCUCUGCUCUCCAUCACAAUCAUCUUUCAACCGGCUAUCAGGGGUGAACGGCCAAUUUAGGUCGUUCAGUGCCCUGGGUUCAACCAGUGCUUCCGAGUAUAGGACCGGAUUCUAUUCCCACGUAGAGGAAGAAGAACAAGACGAUGACAAAGAGCCAACUACUGAAGCCAGCACAUUAGUCCCUGAAGUUACCACCGACAGGUCCAGGUCACUGACUCCCUCUUCACAGUCGGCGCCUAUACCCAAUGGACAGUCAAGGACAUCACCUCUUCCCAGUGGUGAUGUCAAGAGCUCGCCUUCAUCCUCAAAAUCUCUCCCGUUGAUCAACAAACCUGUUUCCCGCAGCCAGUCUUCAACUCCUCCGUCUCCUGCAAGUGCGCAUCUUCAAAUGCGCGGUCUACAGGGCCAAGUAGACGGGCUAAGAUCAAAGCUCUCCACGCUCAAAGAAAGGACUCAGGAGGAAUCGAUACGCAGACGUAGCCAGCAAAGCCUACGUACUCCAAGUCCGUUCACUGUAGCGGAUGAGAAUUACACCAAUCCUCUCGAAUAUCAAAGACGGUCCUCGUAUCCAGAAACUCUUGCUACUCCUAACUACAACAAGCCACAAUCUCCUCCCCCCGCGCUCCGUGAAGAGACGCAUGAUACCGCAUGCACAUCAUCUCCAACUCUGCCUAUCGAGGAAAAGCAACAGGAUAAUUUGGAAGACAAGGAAGAUGCUAAUUCUAUGACCGUACCCGGCCCCAUACAAGGCACCGCUGAAAGUCCCAUUGAGGGUCCUGUCGAAGAGCCUGUUGAGGGGCCAGUUGAAGAACCAAUCGAGGAACCCAUCCAGGGCCCUGCUCCUCUAUCCCCAGCUGGCAAUGCUGCUAGGAAAUCAGUUGAAGAAACAGAUGAAAGCGAGUCCGAAUACUUUGAAUAUUCGGAUAACGAAUCUGAACCAUCUGAAAUUGACAGACAAGAACUUGAAGAGAUACUACGAGAACCAAUGGGCAGCCCAACCGAAUCCGUAUACCAGGACAUCCUAGAAGAAUUCCCUUCUGUCCCACCAGUCCAGGAGACAAUCCGUCACGAGGACCGUAUCGAUGCCUUUGACUACGAGCAUUUCAUCCUUCACAGUGCGCUCGGGACGUAUUCGGGACGAAUGAACCGCUCGGGUAGUGUCUGCUCUUCUGGAUCAACUGAAACCACACGCCCGGAAGGCUGUGAAACACCAAAGAAUGGGUCGGGGUCGGGGUCGGCUCUUUCAAGGGUAACUAGCAGCGACUCGAUUUCAACAGAUGCCACCUUUGCUACCGCAACUGAAGGAGACUAUGGAUACCUUGAUGCUCUAACUUCACCCACUGGCAAUGGAACCUACUGGGGAAGAAACCGACCUUCAACUUCCAUACUAAUAUUUAUUAUCACAGACCGGUUAUCCCGCCAAUUCACGGACGAUUCGUUGACACUCCCCACCCAGCAAUAUUACGAUAGUACAUCAACCUUUUCCCGCACACAGUCGGCCUCCUCAACGCCUCGUGCCUCUAUAUCAUCAGUCACUGCUGCAAAGGAUGAAAACGCCGCACUAUUAGCCUCCAUCACCGAACUCAAAAAGGCCGCGGCUACUCCUCAAACUCCAGGCCUCCUUGUUCGAUCCAUCCUCUCCUCGGCUGCCAACGAGAAAGCCAGCGACGCCUCUGCACUAUAUUCUCCCCAGACCGGCAGUCUAUGCGAUGCCGAUUCUGAACUUGUAGAAGCAGUCAUCCAAAGUCUUGGAAACGUGAGCCUUGAGCUCCUUCGAGCUUCAACGGCCGACCUUCAAUCUCCCAUCGAUAACCGGAUCGCCACCAUUCUACGGCGCAGACUAGAUGCUGCCCGGAGGAUAUUGGAUGGUAUUGCACCAUUAGAAACCAUCCCCUGA